CACGGAUGUUUACGACUGGCAUGUUAAAUGGAAAUGAACGUGGAAGUGACGGAGGUGACAUCGUCCAGGGAGGCUGACAUCGGCCUCACUGCGGCGGAUUCAUCGGUAGGUUCCGGCGACGUUGAUGUAAGGAAUGACAACGAGGAAUCGAUGAGCGAUGAGCCUCGUGCUCGUGCUCCCGGCAACGGUAAAAACGCAGAGGGAGAAAAACGCGAGGACACCGCCGCGAAUUCGUCGCGAGCGACUCCGAUCGCGGAUUGCGAAAUCGAAUCGUCGAGGAUAUCUCAGACUCCGUUAGCCUUCACCAUCGAUUUUGGUAACAACAAAGAAGUGGACACAGCUAGGUAUCAGAAUCUGUUCGAGAGGUACAACGCGAGGCACAAACGGAAUCUCUCUACGUCCAAGGUAGAAGUAAAAAUAAAGAAGCCGAGCACUAUACUAUCUCCAAAUUUGGGACAAAAGCAGAAAGUUUCUAGCACUCAUUCAGAAGGUUACUUUAGUAGCGAGGAUGAUACGAAGCGAAAAACUGACCAAUUAUCAGAAAGAUUUAAACAAUUAGGUGUGAAGAAUCCCUCGAAAGCACAUUGUAGCACAAAGACGUUCGGUAAUGAAAAUGUAGAUCAUCAGAAUAAACAGUAUUUAAUGACGAGAUCUAGCGAUGGUGAAGUACGACGCAACAAAUGGUCACCUCAAAGCCUCUCUUUGGAACUUGAGUCCAACAGAAACAACUAUUGGACAUCUCAGAGAUCCGCAACGAUAAAUGAUUUAAGUCGCGUUCAAAUUAGCAAUUACGACGACGACGAAAACGAGAAGCAGUACACGAAAAAUAUUGAGUACAUUGCUAACGAGUGCGAGGAAGCAAAUGAUUUCGAAGAUAAUAAAAUAUCUAAUAUGAAUUAUAUCACCGAUGAUUUUAAUAUAAGAAACACAAACGAGAGAGAGAGCACUUUGUCGAGUGUCAGUUAUGCGAUGAAUCUGAACACGGAUGAUAUAGCAGAUACCAAUCUGGAAGUAUUCAAUGUCAGCAAUGUCGACGCCACUUCCGACGGUGCGGUGAGCGAGGCUGGGACGUACACGAUUCAUAAAGAUUAUACCGAUGAAGAAAAAGCGAGAAUGGAUAUCGACAAAGUUUUCAGUGUCGGUGUUUUGACGGAAGACGAAAGCAACGAGGCAUAUGUUCACAAUUUCAAGAUGAGUAUUUCUCGUGAUAAUAAUGCCUGGAUAUCGGAAUGGGCUACUCAAGUAGCAGAGCACAAUUCACUACCUCCGAUAAUAGGCGGUUCAACAGGUCGUACGCCGCCUCUAAGUCCCACCAAGAUACCAUCCCCCAUUCAUGCUAGAUCUCAAAGAGGAUUACGUAAUCGUUAUGAACAAUCCGACAGUAACGUGGAUACGGAUUCGUACAUACGAAUAAAAGAAAGGAUUGGUUUAGUUUCAAGUCAACAUCAAAUUAUAGACUCCGGCGGUGAAUCCGAUGACGAUACCAGCAACAGUUACAACACGCCACCCAACAGUUCACAGCGUACACCUGUACAUAGUGCCGUAGGUAGACGCGGUAGCUUGUCCGACUCGUUGUUUCGGCGAGCGAAUAGCAACGAAAAUAGACGCAGCAUCCGAAAAUACUUAAGUUCAACCAAAUCGAAGACUGCUGACACUAAUGUAGAAUUAUCGAACAGCCCGUCCCAAGUCUCGUCGACUCUUCGUUUGGAGAGAAGAAGCAACUCUCUAGAUAGAAAAGAAUAUGCUUCUGAUACAACGGAAUCUAAUACGUCCAGAAAGAAUAGUAUGAAAUAUAAGGAAGACGAUUUCAAGCACACAAAUAGUCCUGUCUUAAGCCGUCUCAGACCACCUACGUCAAAACUGACCAAUAGUCCAAUUGUGAGUCGUAAGGUUGCUGCAACAAAAGUCCUUAAUUCUCCCAUUUUAGAGAGAUCUAAGCACUUGACAAAGUCAUCAGAAUCGAAAAAUAUAGGAUAUUUUACAUGUGUUGAAAAUAGUCCAUAUAUGCUGAGAAAAUCCAACAGCACUACAAAUUAUCAUGAAAGAACCAGUUAUUUUGAUAAAGACAUAUCUGUUAAAGCACCUAAUAUAUUACAAAACAGUUCAGAAUUUCAACGACAUCUUAAUAUACAGAGAUCAUCGAGUAAUGCGAGUAUUAGAAACAUAAGAUCACAGAAUUUUGUAUCGCGUCGCAGCAGUUUCAAUAGUAACGAUAUUGACAGAAUAUCAUCGAGAGGAAAAUUUGCUGUUGCCUCCGAUAGUAGUAGCGAAACUGGUGAACAACAAAGAAAAUCUCCUUUGACACCAGUUUCAUCUGGAAUCAAAUUAAAUAGGGCUUUCAGCAUAAGAAGAGCAAGAUUAAAUUGUGAAUCCGACACAACACCGAAUACAACCCCUGAAGAAAGACGUAGAAGAGCGCAGUCGGAAGUAAAAACUGCAGUGCCUGUGAACAAGCAACAAAGUUAUCAUCGUAGUCGCACAAACAGUGUUGGAGCGCACAAUAAAGAAUCAUCGAAAAAAGCAGAACCAACGAAAUUCAGAGCACCGUCUAUGUCUAGGACUGAUACCGGAAGGUUUAGUAUGAGAGCCCCGAAGCCUACUCAUCAUCCUCCCAAUAGCCAAAAGACGAAUCAAAAGCCAAGUAGAGAUCACAAAAAAUCUGGUAGAAGUAAUUCCACUCUCACGUCCAAGGAAGUAGAGUUUCAGAAUUGGAAGAGACGGAAAAGUUACGAUCCGAUGAAAGCAGCAGCUGAAGGGAGAAAAAAAUUAAUGGACAAUACGAAGAAACAUCACAGUACCGAGGACGGUUCCGGCAACCAUGACAAUUCCGUGCUGAGAUCUGCAAGUUUUCACGGUACAGGAGGUGCUCUCUCGUUAGCAAACGACUGGUCGGAUAAUGAAUUAGAUUACCGUUAUGAGGAUAAUCAAGUACCGCCGCCUAGCAGUCCGCAGCUUGGAGAGAGCGAUAGCGACUUGGAAACCUCAUCUUAUUUGCAAACCACUCAGAACGUUGUAUCUGCCAUGUCGGCUCGCAUGACGGGAUAUCGUCCUCCGCUGGAAUCUGAAAACGAGAGCGAUGAAGAUACGAGUCACAGCCUCCGUCAGAAUAUAUUGAAAGGAAUGCGCCAUCCGAGCGACACCGAGAGCAGCGACGAAGAACAUGCUAUGGCACAAUCUCCUAUUUCCAGUACUAAAUAUAAUAAAGAAUUUAGUUUGCGUAAUAGAAUAAAAUUGGAUCCGCAACGAAUAAAACCUGUAUCUUCUAAUGUGAGCAGAGCUAAAAAUUUAUCGCAGGACACUCGUAGCAAAUCUGAGACCUUUUCUAACGUUGCUAGAACAGAAUCUGGACGAUCUGGCGCGCGAAUUAGUAGAACUUUGAGCAUGGUGCCUAAAAGUAAACCAAAAGAACCAAAAAAGCCCCCCACGCCAAAUGUACGAGAGGUCGAAAUGCAAAAUUGGAAACGUCGCAAGAGCUACGAUCCUAUGAAAGCGGCGAUGGAAGGACGGAGAAAAGCGGGCUUGGCAAAAAAAAUUAUUAAUACAAAUCUAUCACCGAGCCAUGUAGCAAGAUCACAAAGUUUUCAUGGAUCAAUAGGAUUAGCAAUCAGCGACUGGAGCGAUGAGGAACCGGUCAUAUCCGCAGACGAAGCCUCUCUAUAUUAGGAUCGUCUCAGAGUUAUUGUGGGUAAACAAGAAACGAACAAGUAGUGAAAGUAAUAUAAAGCCAAUUACAAAAAUUCUUGUAUAUAAAUCGCAAGAAUGAAAGAAUUUUACAGAAUGUUAUAUAUAAGAAAAUGAGCUAUAUAUCUAAAUCUCCUAUAUAUCUAAAUCUAUCUCUGAAACGAUUUUAGCGAGAUACAAGUGUAGCUCUACUCGUAAAAUCUUCUCUAUAAUAUAAAUUUUGCGCAUUGAAUCUCGCACGUUUGUAAAAAUUUCUGAGUUAGAAAAAAUUGUGCUUCCCUUCCAAAGGUGAUAUUUAAAAAUUAUAUGCCCAGAAUUUGCUAUAUUAAUGUUAGAACGUCCAAUUGCUUGUAUUUAUUUAAUUUGUAAAGAAAAAGACGUUCUUUUUUUUCUUUAUUUAUAUUUUUCAUUAUGUAUAAAUAUGCAAAAUAUUGCCUAAAUGUAGUUAAAAAAUGUUUUUUAUGAAUAAUAAUAUUGAAAGGAAAAAAGAAAGAAAUAAAUAUAUAAAGGAAAAUCUCACACACAAGAUGUCCUAAUUAUUAAGUGAGAAGAUGUGCAACAACAUAUAUGAUAUCUAAUUUAUAUAGAGAAUACUAAAAGUAUAAAGAGAAAUAUAUGUGUGUCAUUGGUUUAAUUACGAUUGGACCAAUCGCGUAGCGUUUAUGUACAAAUAUUUGUAUUUAUAUGGCAUCUUGCUCCAUCAAUGCAGCCAAUUUAUCUAACUAUAAGAUAUAUACAUGUCCUCGCAUUACUCGAGUAAUAAUAUAAUCUAGGAAGAAUUUUUUUUCAUUAAAAGCAAAAAUAGAGCAAAACCUGAGAAAAGUCUUUACAAAUCUAUAAAUCUUUUUUGUUCUAUUAGAUUAUGAUCGAAUGACGUACAUUAUAUUGUUUGUAAUUGUGAAUAUAAACUCACAUCGGUGACGCUCGCAAUUUUUCUUUGUUAGAAUAAUUAUUGAUAUAGAAAAAAUAACGUGCUACAUCCUACUUCAACUUCAAAGCGCGCAAAAUGAAUUAAAAUUUUUUCUCUAUGAUAAUUUAAUGUGAUCAUAAAGAGCUUUACGGUGAUUUUAAUCAUUAAGAUGUAUAUAUCAAUAUCGAUCAGUUUAAUUGUAUAUUCUUUCUUUCAGUUUUACAUGGAAACUAAAGAAUUUUUUUAUGAUUUGAUUCUAAAUUGAAUUAUCUCUGUAACAUACUCGAGCAGUUAAUAUUACAUGACAUAUUGAUAUAACAUAAGACAUAUUUUAUAUAUGAAUACUUGUUCAGAAGAUUGUCAUUUAUCACUUGUUUAUCAUA